AUGGCAUGCUGCGCGGAGCACCAGGCGGGCAAGCCUUUCCCUACAGAGGCCGGCACGGAGCUCACCACAGUCUCUGCGACUGAUGCCAGCAUCACCCCCGAGGUUCUCGAGGCCAUCCUGGAGAGAGACGGCGCCGUCAUCGUCAAGAACCUCGUGUCCGAGGAACUAUGCCGCCAAAUCCGGGCCGACCUCAAGACGUCCUUCGACACGGACCGGGUGGACCCGUCCGGCUUCUUCCCCACGACCACCAAGCGAGCGUACAGCAUCCUGGCCAAGUCGGACGCGUGCGCCGAGCUUGCCGUCAACCCGCUCUUCCUCGGCGUCGCGAACCAGAUGCUCACGAGCCGCUACACGUACUGGGAGGGCCAGAAGCAGCUGCACGUCACGGGCAAGCCGCAGAUCACGACCAUGGUCGGCUUCCGCGUCGAGCCCGGCGGCACCCAGCAGUCGAUGCACAGGGACGACGCCGACUACCACACCCGCAACUGCGACAUGCCGGUCAUGAUGGGCUGCGCCUUGACAAAGACGACCAAAGAGAACGGUGCCACAAUCAUCAUCCCAAAGAGCCAUCUCUGGGGCCCGGAUCGCUGCCCGCUGGAUGAAGAAGCCAUCCCAGCCGAGCUGGAGAUUGGCGACGCCGCCAUCUUCCUGGGCAACGUCUACCACGCGGGCGGUGCCAAUAUCACCAAAGACGAGGCCCGCGAGACCAUUGGCCUGUUCAUGUGCAAGGGCACGCUCCGCCAAGAGGAGAACCAAUACUUAGAGCUACCGCCCGAGGUGGCCAAGAAGCGCAAUUUUUCGCCGCAGUUGCUGAGGCUGCUGGGCUACGGCAUCCUUCCGCCUGCGUUGGGCUUGUACAAGUACCAGGAUCCGAUGAAGGUGAUUUUCGGCGUCAAUGAUGCCGAAACAGUGAAUAAAUAG